GUUUUGUGGUAUUCGUUGACCGGGUUGUAUCGGUCUGAUUACGUGUUUUCUAUCAAAAAUUCGUAAAAAUAGAAUUUCAUAAUGAAGCGGAACGAAUGAAUAACGUGUAAAGAUCGUGAUCAUAUAUUUUAAUGGACUUUUGAAUGCACGCGGUUUUAAAGAAAGCAAGUGAAUCCAACUCUAGUAGUGGGGAGCAGGCAGUAUUGCCUUUUCGUAUAUGUAGCCCGCUUGGUAAAAUGAAAAUGGCGGUGUUCCUGCAUGAACGGAGCAACGGCCACUGAUGAUGCUCGUUACGGUAACGAACACGUGAACCGAAUUCAGUGUGAAAUUUUUACAUAUCUUGUGCACAUUUAUAAAUAUCAUAGUGUUAUAUCAAUAUUGGAAAACAAGUCAAUGUAAAUAAAAAAAGGUAGCGCGAAAUUCUUUCCACGAUUAGGGACAAACAAACACGAUGGAGUGACACCGUGAAGUGUUAACUCCGUGGACAAGUGGGAAGUGUCGGCUAAUAGAUUCGCGUAGUUGGAGGACGAAAAGCCUUCAUGCCGAUGCCGGCCGAAUACCACGAGAACCACGGUAACCACGAGAACGCCAAUUUCGCUCUCGGGGCCACACAGGACGCCAGCAACAUGACGGCCAAUAUGUACCGGGUGGGAGAUUAUGUAUAUUUUGAAACAUCUUCCACAUCUCCUUACCAGAUAAGAAGGAUAGAAGAAUUGAAUAAGACAGCAAGUGGAAAUGUUGAAGCAAAAGUCAUGUGUUUCUUUAGGCGGAGGGAUUUGCCAUCUACAUUAAUCAUGCUUGCAGAUAAACAUCAAUUGGCAAGUGCAGAGCAGCAAAGGUCAGAAUCUCCUGCAAACACGCAGAAUCAGAAACUCGAGAAUCCAGAUACUACUAAGGAAAUGACUAAUAAAGAUGGGAUCGGGCCCAAAGUGAUGAACAAAGGGGGCGGGAAGGGGGGCUGGCUGAAGGCCCCACUGUCAGAGGCCCAAGAGCCUCAUGGGAUGGAAGAAAAUGUAGUUGGUGCUGGAGGAGUUACAGAAUUAAGUUCUAAGCAACGUCAUCAAAUGAAGCAUAGAGAACUGUUUUUAUCACGUCAGGUGGAAACAAUGCCCGCAACGCAUAUAAGAGGCAAAUGCUGUGUAACUUUAUUAAAUGAAACGGAAUCUUUACUAAGCUAUUUAAAUAAAGAAGAUUCUUUCUUUUAUUGCUUGGUAUUUGAUCCUGCUCAACGUACUUUGCUUGCUGAUAAAGGUGAAAUUAGAGUAGGUAGUAGAUAUCAAGCUGAUGGAAUAGCAUCAGUUCCACUGACAUCUGCUGAAAGAGAAUCAGAUCCUCGUAGGUUGCAAGAUUUAGAAACAUUGGUCUGGACACCACGACAUUCACUCACAGAUCGUCAAAUUGAUCAAUUCCUUGUUGUUAGUAGAUCAGUAGGCACAUUUGCAAGAGCUUUAGAUUGUUCGUCUUCAGUUAAACAACCAUCUUUACAUAUGUCUGCCGCAGCUGCAUCUAGAGAUAUUACUCUUUUCCACGCAAUGGAUACAUUACACCGACAUAAUUAUGACGUCGCAAAAGCUAUGUCAUCUUUAGUACCUAGUACUGGUCCAGUAUUAUGCAGAGACGAAAUGGAAGAAUGGAGUGCAUCUGAAGCAAAUCUUUUUGAAGAAGCUCUUGAUAAAUAUGGAAAAGAUUUUUCCGAUAUACGUCAAGAUUUUUUACCAUGGAAAACAUUAAAAAAUGUUAUUGAAUAUUAUUAUAUGUGGAAGACAACCGAUAGAUACGUACAACAAAAAAGGGUAAAAGCUGUAGAAGCUGAGAGUAAAUUGAAACAGGUUUAUAUACCUAAUUAUAAUAAAACAACUCCACCUACAACUGCUCCUUCUGCAGCAACAAUUGUACCUCUUGGUAAUAAUAAUAGUAACAGUAAUGGCAAACCAACUAAUGUUCUCAAUGGUAAUAGCAAUGGUAAUAUGACAACUGAUAAUAGCGGAAUAUUAAUGGUUGGAGUUAGUGGAAAACCAUGUGAAAGUUGUCAAGUAAUGCAAAGUCCACAGUGGUAUGCUUGGGGCCCUUCACAUAUGCAGUGUCGUCUUUGUCAAUCUUGCUGGACAUAUUGGAAGAAGUAUGGUGGUCUAAAGGUUCCAUCACGUAUGGAUGAUGUUGAUUUAGAAAGAAAGAGAGGUGGCACUGGUUCCGAUGAAGAAAGCAAAGGAAUUGGUGGUGCUCAUAGACCUCAUCGUUGUAGCAUUCCUUCUUGUGGUAAAGAAUUCAAGCUCAAAGCACAUUUAAGUCGUCAUUACGCAAGUGCUCAUGGCGUUGAUCUACGUGGAAGUGGAGCAAGUGGAGGUGGCGGAAGUGGAUCACCAAGACCUGUGAUGAAAACUCGAUCAGCAUUUUAUUUACGUACUUCAGCAUUGGCGCGAGCUGCACGACGAUUAUGUGCAGCACAAUUACGUACACGUCAUGCAGCUCGAGCACCUCAUCAGCCUGUAAAUGCAGCACCAUUACGACAUCUCUGUGCUUCUCCUCAAUUAACAUCAAAAAGUCCUGCGGAAUUACGUAUUUUGGCUCGUGCUGUACGACCUCGACCUCGUCCUCGAGUAACUGAUAUAGCAACACGUUUAGGUGAUCAUCCUGCACCACGACAACCUGGAGAUUGGGAUUGGUUAGCUCUUACAGCGCCGGCACAACGAAAACAACCAGAUCGAGUUUCUUUCCCAAGACCACCAAAAGCACCAGAUGGAAGUCUUCUGUAUGAAAGAGUACCAAAUAAAUCUGAAGUAGAUAGACUGACGAUAACUCCACCUCAGCCACAACCUAGUAUGCAGAGUCAACAAACGAUAUUGAAACGCACAAGACCUCCAUUUGAUGAAAUCAACGGAUCAGAUGGUAUUGCCCUAAGUGCAGGGCUCCCUGGUGGACCACCUGCCAAAAGGGCUCAUCAUUCUCAGCAACUUCAUCCAAAACAUACUUUGGAGCAUGCUACGCCUGCAGUUCUUCCUCUAGCACCGCCUUUGAAUGGAAGAGCUGCUCAUCCUCAUUCUUUACCUCAUGGUCCACCAUUAUCUAGAAGUAAUGCACGUAAACAAGUAAUUUCAUGGAUGGAUGCACCUGAUGACGUUUAUUUUCGUGCUUCUGAUCAAACUAAAAGACUUAGAAGAACUCUUUCAUCAGUUGAACUUCGAAGAGCAGCUCGUAAGCCAUGGCGUAGAUUACCAACUCCAUUACAUCCUCCUCAUCCACAGAGAGCAGUACGUGGUGAUGACAUGGUUGUCAUCUUAGACUGAAUCAAUAAUACAAUCAGGUGAACUGGUAGAAUAAUCAGUUUGCCACUGAAAAAGGAAUUAUGCUGUUAUUGUAAUUUUAAUGCCAGAAUCAGCACAGUGAAGAUAUCCCAGCUUUAUAUAUUGUCAUUGGCAGCUCUGAUGAACAAGAACUAAUCGCUGUUUGGAAUUUUUUAAAUAAUUUUCGAAACAGCAAUUCGCCAAAAUUGAAGGCCUCGUUUUGCCGAAUUUGCAUGUUGCACUGACAUUGCUGAUAUGUACUUCACAUAUAUGGAUAAAAUGCAACAACUCUGGAAGAGACAUUCAUCAAAUCUUAAAAGAAAAAAUGAAAAUAAGAAAUCGAGUCAUUCACCAUGAAACAUGAUUUUCUAUUCGUAUUAAUUAGUUAUUGUUGUUAUUAAUAAUAAUUAUUAAUAAUUGAAUGUACAUAUACAUCAUACCACAUUCAUGCAUACAUAACCAGAAAACACAAGUGUCCAACGAAUGGUGGACAUAAGUUCUACAUUGGUUAAAUUGGCCCAUACGCGCAUUAGCUCACGAUGAAUGUUACGGUCAUGCGCGUAACAGAGACAAGUAUGAGAGAAAGGGAGAGAGAGAGAGAGAGAGAGAGAAAGCGAGAGAGAGAGAAAAUAUAAAAAUGUACGUGAGAAAGAAAGAAUGUGCUCAUUGUGAAUAUUUUUAUUAAAUUUUCAAGUUUGAUGA